AUUAUAUUAACAAUCUAUUUAAAGAUUACUUUAACGUUUGAAAACCAGUCAUAUUUAUUUUUAGAACAGCUGAUAAUUCAACUCCAUCAAAAUAAACAGUUUUGGAAAGAAUAUUUAUUAUAUGAAGUUGAAUUUAAAUUAAAAAAAUCCAUAAAAAGUAUCUGUAUAAAUCUUUCAUGUAACCUUUGGUUUAAUAAUAAAAGAGCUGCUUUUUUAGAUCAGCCACUAGAAUUAGAAUGUUACAAAAAGACAGACUCUCCACAAAUAAAAUAUCUAAACGAAUUGCAAAUUAAAGUGGUCUUUUAUAAAGUUAAUCAUAAGGAUAAAUAUUUCCAAAAAAAUGAAGAGGUAACUGUUUUUGAAAUUAAAAAUUUAUUAAACCAAUUCUUUGGUUCCUUAUUAAUCUCUCAGUUAGAAUUCAAAUUUCCAUUGGUAUUUUCCCCCCUAGUAAGGAAUAAAAUAGCAAUACAAGAAAAAUAUUUCGCUCCUAUAUCUUACUCAUUAACAAAUUCUACACAAUUAAUUCCAAUUAUUAUAAAAAUAAUAUCAAAUGAUAGGACAUCUACCACAGCAUUUGUUCUACUUCUACCCGCAAAAAAGCUAAGCUUUAAAGUAACAUUAAAUCUGUUGUAA